CACUGUUCAGAAAAUGUUUAAGUUUUUAGCAACACUAGUGCUUCUUGCACCUUGCGUCCUAAGCAGUGGUAUCGAAGUGCUCACCGCUCCAAAGUCAGCCUUCGUGGCCGAGGGCCAUCGCAAUCUCAAUCUGCUUUGUGAGAUACCGGGAAGUCAACCGAUUGAUUUUUGCAUAGUGAAAGUCCCUGGAGUGGCGGCUCCGUUUGCUGCCAGUGAACGACUGCCGACUCCGGUGCAGGGCAUCACCUACUUCGGACGGGGUUGGAACAGAGGAUCCUGCGGUGUAACGUUGUCGCAGGUUGAGGAGAAACAUGGAGGAACAUUUGAGUGCAUACUUUCCGUUGCGGGCCAAACGUACAAGGGCACAAUCGAUAUCGCGUUCAGAGUUGCUCCCGAACUACCGGUCAUUGAAGUGUCCAGCAAUGUGGACGACAGCAACGGUGAGUUUGACUAUGGGAAGCCGUUGAUUGCGAGGUGUGCAGCCCGGAAUGGAUGGCCAGCCGCUAAGCUCUCCUGGCAUCUGGACGGAAAGCCCGUUACCAACGAACUGGGAGCUGCAUUCACCGAAGUCGUCAACCAAAAGGCAACUGUUGAGCAGUUCUACCGGAAACCGGUCGCAGUCGAAGACAAUCGGAAACAGUUGGUCUGCCGGGCAGAACAUGAACUGUACCCGAAUGGGUUCGUUGAAACGGCAUUGCCAAUCAAGUUGAGAAAGUCACACAACAAUGCAAACCUCAUCCAAAAGGACGCUAUCAAGGGGGUGGAAGUAAGGCCAUCCACUCCACAGCUGUUGGUUUCGAGUGACGUCCAAACCAGCGAUGGAGCAUUCAAGGUUGGAUCGACCAUGGUCGUCGAAUGCGUAGCACGGGAUGGCAAGCCGGCAGCCAGUUUCCUGUGGUUCUUGGACGAUCAGCUGGUCUACGAAGGCCUCUCGACGCCAUUCCUGACGAAAAGCACUCGGGGAGCGAUCACCACGCAACAGGUGCUCCAGCGGGUGGUGAAAGCCAGUGACAGCGGCAAGACGCUCAUCUGCAAGGCACGGCAUCCGAGUGGAACGAGCGAAACGCGACUCAAGUUGAGCACGUACAACUGAACUGAAUCUUUUGAAAAGAUGGAAAUUUUAGUUUUAAGGAAAAUCAAUUUUGUUUGAAAAUCAAUAAAUUUGACAUUGAUGUUAAUUGAGU